AUGAAGCGUUCACGAGGACACUCUGAAAAGGCGAAGCAAGCGAAGAAGGCAAGACUAGGAGAAUCCUCCGGAUCAAGACCUCCAGCACCUCUGCCUGGACCUUCUGGUAAGUCAGUUUCUCUUGCUCCCUUUGUACAAACACAUAGCAUUGCUUCUUCUAUCCCUCAACCCACACCUAUCUAUACAAACUCAGAAACCCCUCCCUCAACUACCAGAACAUCUCAUCAACCAUCCCAGAAAUUUAACCUUGCCACCACAACCUUACCUAUUUCUGACGCAGAAAUGCUGAACGAAACCACUUCACUAUCUUCAUCCCCUUCUCUAGAAUCACCCCCUUACUACAACAUUUCUUCAGACGUAGAACACUCUGACCCUUCAUCUCCCACUCUGGCCCAGCUCCAAACUCGUGCUCUGGCCUCACAACAGCCAACACAACCCACAUCCGAACUAGAAAUCACUUCCUCACCCACAGAACAACCAAACCCAACCACAUCUGACCCUCCACCAUCUGAAACACCUCAUGCCGAAACUCACCCAAACAACUCUGAUACACACCCACCUAAUACAUCCGCUGAACCACAAACUCCCACUCUCAACCUAAGCCCUCCCAAUUCUCCACCUCCACCCUCUGAACUAGAAAACACCCUGCCAACCCUAGAGGAAGCAAUCACGUUUUUUGCAGAAGCUUCAGUUGACAAGGUCAAAAAAAUUGUAGAAGAGAAUCUUGAAACAUCAUCUCAUGGAAGCUCCGGUAAGAACUUCUGA